UUGGUGCUAUCUCUGUCUGUUUAUCUUUACCGGCUUUGCCUAUCUACGUACUCUUUCAAUAGAUUACAGCUGCAAUAUGGAGGAAAUAAAUUAAAUAAUAAUUAAAUUCGUAGUGUUCACAGCCGAUAAACAAUAAAUUAAUAUUCAACUAAUAAAGUCAUUUUACGUAAAUCGUUCAAUAAAAUUAUGAUCGUAUCUUCGCUAGGUUAUGUGUCAGCAUUGUUGUGACAAGCGAAGCGGUUACGUUUAAUUUCGGAAUUGUGUUCGACUGUGAGACGAAGAAGAUGGGUUUACUUACCGAUCCUAGAGCUGGAACUGGCAAAAUCAUAAAACUGUUAUUGAAAUGGGAGAAACCGUUGUGUUUUAUAUUAUAUGUGAAAGGAGUUAUAUGGUUAAUGCUGUUAGCAUUACCAAUGUUUAACGAUAAUACUUACUUCUCUGAGAAUGCUUUGUUACCUGGAUUAGUUACGAAAGAGAGUAAUCUAGAACAAAUAUCAAAGCAAUACUAUUAUGAACUAGUUCACGAAAUGAAGAGAUAUCCAGAUGGUAUGCCUUAUGCAUGGCUCUCAGCUAAAUUCAGUCAGCUUUACUUAGAUGUACAUAUCCAUAACUUUUCCUUGGUUUAUCCAUUUCAGGAACAAAAGUUUACAGGACAAAAUAUUUAUGGCAUCGUUAGAGCUCCACGGGCGUCUAGCACUGAGGCUAUUGUAGUCAGUGCACCGUAUAGGCCAAUUAAUAGCGUUCAUUUAGACACUGCACCUUCGAUAGCAUUAUUACUUGCAUUUGCAAAGUUUUGCAGAAAACAAAAGUACUGGGCAAAGGAUAUAAUAUUUCUUGUAACAGAACAUGAACAAUUGGGCAUGCAAGCGUGGCUGGACGCGUAUCAUGGUGUUACUAGCGGACAAGAAGGAAUAUUGCUAGCAGGAGAUUUAUCAGGAAGAGCUGGAUCUAUUCAAGCUGCUAUCAAUUUAGAAUUUCAUGCAAUGAAAAUUACAUCGAUUGAUGUCAAGAUAGAAGGUUUGAAUGGACAGUUGCCCAAUCUGGAUCUUUUUAAUCUAGCACAAAAUAUGAUAGCCAAAGAAGGAAUUCGACAAUCUUUCCAACGUCGAUUCGAUGUCAAUUACAGAAAUAAAUUUAAAAGCUGGUGGUAUUAUUUUAAUACAUUAAUGAGUAUGAUAGCGACUCAAGCCACUGGGGUUCCAACUGGUAAUCAUGGAUUCUUCCACAGAUUUGGCAUAGAAGCCAUUACAUUAGAAGGUUUUGAGAGAACUGGGAAAGAGGUAGGAGCAAAUUUUUAUCAGAUAGGACGUGUAGUCGAAAGUAUAGUGCGAUCACUUAAUAAUUUAUUAGAACGUUUCCAUCAAUCAUAUUUCUUCUAUCUAUUGCCCUCCACUGAUCGAUAUAUCUCUAUUGGAUUAUAUAUGCGACCUUUGGUUUUGAUAAUUGCAAGUGUAUUCAUAAAAGCCUUUUCUAUUUGGCAAAGAUUGCAGGCGUCAAGUAGUUCAAAUGAUGCAAAAGACAAAGAAAAUGAGACAAAUGAGCAAAAGGACAACGUCGAGCAAAAGGACAACGUCGAACAAAACUUAUCGAACAAGAUUGAGGAAUUCGAUAUUGGCAGUAUCGCUUCUGAAAUAUUAUGGGCACACAUGUUUGGCGUAUUAGUAAUGGCCUCACCCCGAUUUUUCACCUUAAUCGGGUCACAGAUGUUCAGCUUGCGCACAGAGGACUCAUUAUAUGGCGGUUUCGCUGCUCUUACAGUUCUCAUGAUUUUAUGGCGCUUCAAUCUGAGGAGGUCGAUGAGAUACGAAAAUAUAUCGCUCAUCUGCAUCAUCGCGUCCAUCGAAUUAGGCACUGCGUUAAUGUGCGUAGCCAUGCACAAUUUCUCAUUAGCGUUACUGACAGCCGUCGUAUAUGUACCAGUUAUACUGCUCAUAACGCCGCAUCACGAGUUCGCGUCAAGAUUCCGCAGCUUUCAGUACAUCGCGUGGAUUUUGCUUCAUCCAUUCAUCGUUUCUACGAUUGUCGUAUAUGUAUAUACUUAUAUCAACUUCCCUACCGACACAAUCCUGUCUCUGCUCCUCCGAGGCCACCGCGCUAAUAAGCAAGCGCUCGUAUUUAGUAUCAUGGAUUCCAUGAUAUACGGCAAUUGGCUCUACAAUGUUACCACCGCUGUUAUGACACCGAUCUGGCUGCUGUUUUGGAACGUCAUGCGUUCCAACGUUGUGAUGCCCAUGCAAUAAGACUGCAUUUACCGCACAGUUAAAAUUCCUACCGACUUAGAAUUUUGAUUUCGUAGGUACGAUCUUUCUUCGAUAAUAAACACUUCAUCGAUAAGAAAAGGAAGAUUCUCGAUAGCUUAAUAAACAGAAACAUAUUUUGAAAAGAA